AUGGCUUCCCGAAGGGGUGGGCUUUCAAAUUUCAGAGGAGGUAGAGGAGGUAGAGGGUUAGGGGGAGGCAGAGGUCAAGGCCAUAUGAAAUCCUGGGCUGAUGUGGCUGCAUCCUCAUCGAGAUCUAAUAUUCCUUUGAGGUAUGUUCCCCCUAUUCGUAGUGUUGGCUAUGUUAGUGUGAGUCUCCCCCCUAGGCCCAACCCCUUAGAGAAAUGGGAUUCAUGUCUGGUUGGGUACUUCCUGGACAAAGGGGUGUCUUAUAAUUACUUGAAAAACAGUGCUUUUUCUUUAUGGAAAAAUAAGGGUUUGAAGGAAGUUCUAGCAAAUGGAGAAGGCUUUAGCUUCUUCAUUUUUGAAAGCCCUGAAUGUUGUAGUGCAGUCCUUGAAGGAGGGCCAUGGUACAUAGGUGGUUCAAACCUUUUUCUGAAAAAAUGGACUCGGAUGAUGAAGCUUUCGAAGGAAAAAGCUACUACAGUUCCAGGUAGUAGAGUGUCUUUUGCCAGGGUCUGUGUGGAGGUUGAAGCUACAUCCAUUCUUCCAUCGAUGUUCAAAGUGAAUUGUGAAGAUGCAGAAGCUAAACGAACAGAAGACAACCCAGAUCCGGGAUGGGAAACUGUCAAAGCCAAGGGUAAGAGGAAGGUUGAUGUCCCCGAGACAGAUAAUCAUGCAACUUCAAAGGAGGAUGGCCUACCGGAACCUGAUGUAAGGCAGAGUAUACAGCAAGAGCACAUUCAGGAGGAGCCUGUGGAGAUUGAGGGGGAAAUCGAGGUUCACAAAACCAUCCCAGUACUAUCAGUAGUGUCUACCCCAUCUGAGGGGGAGAUUGAGGUUCAAAAAAUGGAUAGCUUGAAGGCUUUGCAGAACAGUCUGCUGGAAAUUACCAGUUUGGUUCUUCCCAAUGAUGAAGAAUUGCGGGCUAAAGUGGAAAAACUAGUGGAAACCACCCCUGGUAGUUCGGCCACUAAGCAGGCUCAAAUUGGCACUAAGGCAAAAGGAAGCUCCUCUGGCAAAGGAAACAAAAGCCAGAGGAAGAAACGCAGAUUUAAUAAUCCUCAUCGACAGAAGGAAGUUCAUAAAUUUUUGUUAAAUGAAGACAUUAAAAUCUUGGGCAUUUUGGAAACGAAAAUAAAAGCUUUAAAUGAACAGCAGAUUUUUUCUGGUGUAAACAAUUGGCCCUUUUUGACAAACUCACAACCUACUAAAACUGGGAGGAUCUGUGUCUGCUGGGACCCAGCUUUUUUCCAAAACUCCUAUUAUGUUUCUGGGGGACUUCAAUGCUAUAAGAUACCGUAUGAGAAAUCUGGGGGCUCUGUUAGCUGGUCUAAGGUCAAAGAGGAGUUUAACUCAUAUAUUCUGAAAUCUGAGUUGGUUGAUCUCUCUUACGGGGGUUGCCAAUUUACCUGGGCCAAUAAGAGAACUAGUAGGGAUUACAUCGCAACCAAAAUUGAUACAGUGCUGGUUAAUGAGGCUUGGCUUGAUACCUUUCCUGCCUCUUUUGCCACCUUUUUACCCUCUGGUAUAUCUGACCACUCUCCUGCUGUGGUUAAUGUUUCUGACAAGAAAUCUUCUUUUAAGAAACCUUUUAAAUAUUUUGACUUUUGGGCCGACCAUAAGGACUUCAAUUCUGUGGUUUCUAGAGUUUGGAAUCAGUGUAUUUAUGGUGUUCCUAUGUACAGGGUGUGCCAAAAAUUGAAAUAUUUGAAGCCUGAACUAAAGGCUUUGAACAAGAAAGACUUUAGUGACAUAACUACUAGAGUCCAAACCUCUAAAUAUGAGCUCUUCUCUGCUCAAUGUAAGUUGGAUAAGGAUCCGAGUAAUAGUGAGUUGCAGAAACUUGAGCGCAAUAUCUACAAGCAGCAUGUUGACCUCCUGGCUGUUGAAGAGAGUUUGGCUCUCCAGAAAUCUUGUGUCUUGUGGCUUAGUCAGGGGGAUAGAAAUAGCAGCUUCUUCUUCAAAACCAUUAAGGGUAAUAUCAAUAGGGGUAAAAUUUUGAAUCUGGAGUUGAUGGAUGGCCAAAAGUCUUCUAAACCAGAGGACAUCCAGAAUGCGUUCACCAAUUUUUUCUCAGGUUUAUUUGGUACCCCGUUUGAUGACCAGUAUCAUGGUUUUGCUAGAAUUCAGUCCCCGGUUAAGACCCGUAUUUCUCCUGAUCAAUCUCUUGUGCUUGCUAGCCCUGUGACUGACCAAGAGAUCAAGGAUACCUUUGUUAAUAGCACCAUCAUUGCUCUCAUUCCCAAAGUCCCCAACCCUGCAAAAGUGGGUGACUUCAGGCCUAUUUCUAGUUGCAACACCAUCUAUAAGUGCAUUGCCAAGAUCAUAGCUAACAGGAUUAAAUCUGUUCUCCCUGAUCUUAUUGACCCUGUCCAGUCAGCUUUUGUUCAAGGUCGGAGAAUUUCUGACAAUAUCUUCCUAUCUCAAGAGCUUAUGAGGGGGUACCAUAGGCAUUCCCCUACUCCGACGUGUGCUAUCAAGGUGGAUAUCAUGAAAGCUUACGAUAGUGUGAGAUGGGAUUUUAUUCUUGAUAUUCUCAAGGCUAUGGCCUUUCCUCCUGUCAUGGUUUCUUGCUGCAUCACUAGCCCUUCCUUUUCAAUUUGUAUCAAUGGUAGCCUUCAUGGCUAUUUUAAAGGGGCUAGAGGUUUAAGACAAGGUUGA